AUGCUCCGCGGUAGUAGGCUAACUGCCAGUAAGUCUGAGAAAGAUAAUAAUCUGGACAUGAAGUCGCUCGCAAAUGAAAUUCGUCUAAUGCGAAAAGAGCUCCAAGAUCUUACUCAAAAACAGAAAACUGAAAUUCCGCUUUUAAGGAAAGAGGUAGCCGAUUUGUCUACUCAGUUAAACGCAGUCUCUACAACAAUUACAGAAAGACUAGGCGAGUUUGCUAAGCGGGUUUCUGAUCAGGAGCGGGAAAUACUUCAUCUGAAAGCCUCCCUGCAGCAAUCGCAAGCAAUAAUAUCUGCUCAAGACCAGUACCUCCUAAAAAAUGAAAUUGAAAUCGCCGGCGUCCCAGAAACCGAAAAUGAGAAUAUUGAGCACAUAGCUAUGGUAAUCUCAAAGAGGAUUGGCGUUGAUUUGAAGAACGAGGACUUAGACGACGUCUUUCGAGCUGGCCCUCGCCGUGUCACGUCUCAAAACCCAGCUCAUCCAGAAAAGUUGCCACGGACUAUAGUGGUCAAGCUGGUUCGCCAGACAAAGCGCCGCGAGCUGAUUAAAGCUGCCAAGUCUCGGCGGAAUUUAACGUCAGAAGGAGUUGUCAAUGCCCCCCCACAAAAACUCUUCAUAAACGAGAGGCUUACAAAAGGCAACCGAAUAUUAUUUCGUGAAGCCAGACUACGAGCUCGUCAGAAUGGAUUUAGAUACUGCUGGGUUAAAGACGGAUCAAUCCUCAUUCGAAAGGCCGACAAGACGUCAGCAAUCACGAUCCGCAAUCUGGAGGACCUGGACAAGUACCUGCCGAUCCCCAAGGCCUCGCAAAGCGAAACUUCUUGA